UUGACGCGAGUAGUCAGUCGACUGGAGCCUGCAUGUGAGGUAUAUGUGUGUGAGGACCAAGUGGAUGUGUUCGUUACCAAUGAAAAUGGUGGCUCGUUAGCGUACGUGGUUUAAUCGCAGUGUUGAUCUACCGGUACAGUGAUAUUUCAUCAUCAGAAUAUGGUGCUAGGUGAAGAAAAAAUUCGACCUAUUUCUACUACAGUCUUAUAGGUUUUAUCAACAAGGCUGAGAAUCAGUUAUGGAAUCUAUGGAGCCGCGCUUAGUCGCGCAAGCGUUGAACUACCAUGGGCAGCAGUUACAGAAGGUGUGGGAAGGAGAGCGGAAUGAGAACGAGUUGACCCUGCUAAAUCUUAAAGAACCUAGUUUUGAGAUUUACCAGCAGCGGCAAAAAACACUUAGUUUUAGUGAUAGGGGUAAAAGAUUGAAACUCCAGCAAUUUAUUGCUAAGAAGGCGGAUGCGCUUUAUGACAAAGCUAACUUGGACAAGCCCGUUCAACCAAUCAAACAAGACUUUGGCGAUGAGGGUAAAUAUCAAAAAUAUUAUGCGACCAUGCCAGGACUAGAUUCUUUCGUUACGAUGGAGAAAUCGCAGAGGAUUCGUAAUUUUUUAGAGAGUUUGGCCGUCGGUGAUAUUAUUUACUCACAAGUUAUGGGUAAAAGUGCUGCGGGUCUUCUGCUUAAAAUUCUUUGCAACUGUAGCGACUGCCCUAGAGUGGUUACCGACCUUGGGGUAAAGGCUUUGAUUUUGAAUACGGCCACAGUGCCGGCAGUGGACAAGAAGGGUGUCACACGGGGCUACAUGGCCAACGAUCUCGUCUGCGUCGCAGUUAGUGAGGUUAACGUUGAAGCAGAACGUGUCGUUGCCGUUAUGAAUGAACCUGCCCGAGAAUCCCAAGCUCCGCACCCUCCUAUGGGCCUUAUUCAUUCUGAUGAUCUUCCUGAAGCUUACAAGAAAUUUAUGGACAACAAGGGACAGAGUUAUGAAGCGAUGUUGGAGAAUAGCACUGGCUUCAACAACCCCAACAACACUAAAUAUCUUUGCAACUUGAUGGGUCUUGCUCAAGAAAAUCAUUCCAACAUGGUUGGACUCAGGGAAAGAUUCCCUGAGUCUGAAUAUGCCAAUGAGUUGCGGCAAACGCAAGCCAGUAAGUGGGCAUUCCGAAGUGUCGCCGAAGGCAUAGAUCACUUCAAGACUGGGCGUCACACCGAAGCUUUCCAAUGCUUGAACAAAGCCUUGACUGUUGACCCCCGAAACGUUGAAGGACUGGUGGCUCGAGGGGCACUGUACGCGAAUGGUGGAAGCUUUAAGAAAGCAAUCGACGAUUUUGAAACUGCCUUAAAGCUCAACCAAACCCAUGCGAACGCCCGUAAAUACAUGGCCGAAACACUCGUAGCGUUGGGUCGGAGUUACGAAGAUGAAAACAAUUUCGAAGAAGCUCAAAAGGCCUAUGAGAAUUGUCUGGCAAUAGCGCCUUACCAUGAGGAAGCGCGAAAUUCCAUUGAUUACAUAAAAACCAAAACACUGACAGUGGGGUUGAAUCCUCUGGACACGUUUAAGACUUUCGAAACCGAAGAAGUACCCGAAAACAAAACGAAAGAGAAGAAGAAACGCAAAAAGGAGCGAAAGUCCCGGUCAAAGAAAAGACAGAGGUGGAGUUCAAGCUCCAGUUCAUCUUCCAGUGGCUCGUCUAGCUCCUCGAGCUCAGACUCGAGUAGCUCCUCAUCGUCUGGUACUUCUAGGUCUGGAUCAAGGUCCCCAAGUCGCAAAAGAAAGCACAAGAAAGAUCACCGCGGAUCUUUGUCGCCGCUUAGCAAACGCAUGGCUCAAUACAAUAAUCCACCGGCUGCCAUUGCCGCGGCUCACGAUGCCGCAGUUACCUUACCAUAUACAGGUUCUCGGGACAAGUCGGACGACUAUGAAACCAAAGUACGAAAGUUCUUGGAGCAAACUAAGGACGACUCUGAUUACGAAGACAAGGUACGGAAGUUUCUGGAGGAGACUGCGCGGUGGAAGAGAGAACGGGAGAAAGAUAAAAAGCAUUCGGAGAGCGAGAAAAUGAAGAAAAAGAAGAAGAAAGAGAAGAAGGGAAAGGAUAAAGACAAAGAUGAUAAGAAAACUAGAAAGAAAAAGAAGAAGGAAGAGCGUAAGAAACGCAAGAGUAAAGAUAAACUCGAACGCGAUUUGGAAGCCCUUCGGAAAUCUUCGCUCCCCGAUCUAGAACAACUUGAAUCAAAACUGAGCGCCUACUACGCGAAAGUUGAAAAAGAAACGGCUGUACUGAAGAGCAACGCAGAGAAACUUGCUGAAAGCACACGUAGAGAAGAGGAAAUUCGUAGAGAAAGAGAACGAGAAAGGGAGAGAGACGAAGCUGCUAAAGCCUAUCAUGAACGAGAGCCAAGGGCUCCGCUGACUGCGCAACAACGUAAAGAUAUUCAAAGGAAACCAAUUACAGAUAUAUUUGAGCAAGAAGCUCAAUUGAUUCAUCCAGAACCAAAAUUAACGCUGGAUACAGCUGCUCUCAACGCCAAAUGGAAGGCUGCCCAGGCGGCUAGAUACGUCAACAAACAAAAAGAGGCGCACGUGCAGAAGUGGCAGGACAUUCAGCCGGAUAAAAAGCCGCCACUGAAACUGGACAGCGACGAAGAUGGAGAUAACGAGCACGAAGAAAAGCUACAGAGAGCGGCACUGGAGAAAUCGUUGAACAUAAGAAAGCAAAUGCAACGUGAAUUGGCCGAAAAAAGAGCAACAACGCAGCCGUUGGUUCAGCCAACACUGCCGCCUCCGCUGCCAAAGGAACCGCCACUGCCCAAACAGGUUCCGGUCAAGUACCCAACGCCCCAGCCCCAAAACAAAUUCCAGUCUUAUAAAGAGGCCUCACUGUCCACUCUGCCAUCUUCUUUGCCCUCGAGUAAAUUUUCCUCUGGUGCACUUGGCGGUAAGUUCCAGCCGAUCGGUCAAACAAACAGCGGUAAUGUCCAUCCGCCAGAACCGCCCGGCCCUCGACCGCCGGCUGCGAAAACUCACAGCAGCCAAGCGAAGGGCCCGAGAACCGAUUCAGACAGUGAAAACGACCGCCGGAGACGCGGCGACAUGAAGAAGCGAGAAUCUCUCGGACGAGGCGGCGGCGGUGGAACGGGCGGUGACGGGAACAACUCGAAGAGAAUAAGCCGCGACCGCCCCGCCAAGCGGAACACACGUAGCCGAUCGCGCAGCGGUUCAAGUUCUGGAUCGUCGCGGUCGCGAUCUGGCAGACGAUCGAGGUCCAGGUCGUAUUCGGGGCGUAGAUCCGGUAGCUACGAGCGUAAAUAUAGCCGCUCGCCGUCCGGCUCGUACAGCAGAUCGAGGUCUAGGUCGCGUUCGCGGUCCUACACGCGAAGUCGUAGUCGCAGCAGAUCGGGCGACCGCGGUUACUACAGGAAACGGCAGUUCAGGCCGUACAACAACAGAGGAACUUAUUACAAGCCGCGGUUCCAGGGUUUCAACAACCAGAACCAUCGGGGUGGUGGAAACUUCCAGAACAGAAACAGGUUCUACAACAAUAACCAGCACAACAACCGUUUCGGAAACCGGCGAGGCGGGGGCUUCAACAAUCGUGGAGGUGGUCGCGGUAGGGGUGGAGGAAACAGGGGUGGCCGAUUUUUCCACGGUAAACAAAACUUCCGGGACUUCCGGGACCGACGAGACUUCAGGGACAGGCGAGGAUCGUCGCGCGAUAGAUACAGCGACAGGAGCUACUCACCCGAUCCAAUGAGAAAGGUAGACGAGGCCAAAGAGAAGAUAAACAAGAUGCUCGAGGGCGGGAACGAGGCCGGGGAUCGGGAGAGAGACUCUCAGCGGGAUAGAGAGAGGGAGCGAGGCGAGCAGCAGGGUGGCGGGGGCUCUGGCUUGCCGCAGAGCAAAAGACAGGAUGGCCCUCUGAGUGAGGGAGAGGAGAGGGACGAUGAUGACUACGAGAGGUGGGGGGACGGGGAGGGGGGCGAGUCAGCUAACAACAAGAACGACGACGACGACGACGAGGCUUUCCCACCCGGUACCACUGGCGACGCUAGCCUGGAAGGAAAGGAUAUCUUCAUUGAGCGAAUGAAGCAACGAAGCAAGAAUGUUUUAAUGCAGAGAGCCCUUGCAGCCAAGAUCUGGUAGACAACAGACCGACACACUUGUAACCACCGCCGCCUCGCCUCACCCCGCCUUCUCGCUCGCUCUCUUUUUGACUAUAUUCUGCCAAUGCGGAGCAAGAGAGCCUCACACAACAGAGGGAGCGAUUAGUCACCUUUGCCAUGUGUUCAAUCACCGUGAGCGAAACACACCUUAACUCGAACGACGCAGAAUCACACUGGAAAAUAUUCCUGCCUUCAUUCAUCGUCCAUUUUUUUCCCUUAUUUCAUAUUCUUCAACACUCAAGUAUUUUGUUUAAAUUUUGUAUGCCAUACCUAAAAGAAUGGGAAACACUUUCGCUACUGCGAUAUAAAGUAACCAAAUCGUCAUAUCACAUUUUUCUGUUCUAGUUUUAUGAUUUAUUCUUGUCAUUCAUUUUCGGAAAAAAGAUUUGUUUGUGAUUGUUAUUUUUUCUUCUUUUGAAUCGUUAAUUUUUUCCAGUGCAACAAGAUUAUUUCGAUGAUAAAUAGCCUGCUUGUGGUAAAUGAUAUUGUUUCGCCAAUUCAGAAGCUUUCUCGAGUGAAACAUUACGGACGAAUGAACCUUUAACACGAAGACAGCGAAAAUAGAACGAAAUCAAAUAUUAACCUGGCUAAUUGGAAUUUGCACUCGUUCACUAUUUGUCGGUUCUAUCAUUGUUCGUGAUUUUAUUUUGUUCAAUUUCUCGUGUCAUUGAGAUUUUCAUCUUAUUAAUUCCGCAUAGAUUCCGGUGUCAUUUUACCCAAAUACACCUAUCGAGUAGGUUGCCAAAAACGAGGCAGUUUUCUGAAAUCACACGGAUUUAUCUUCGGUUCGAAUAAUUUUAGAACUCUGUCAUGUUAGCUUUUAGCACAUCGAUUGACACCCUUCAAUAAUCGAAAUAGUUUUCAAAAGUUCCGAUUAAGCAUGGUGAGUUUCCGGGAAUUUAAGAACUAAACAACUAAACCUGACUUGCUCGUUAUUUUUAUUCUUGUGUAUAUUUCUCCUUUCCUGUCGAAUUACCCAUUUGACAAAAUUACGAUUCAAAUCUGUGUAAUAUUACAAUUAUCAUAAUAAAUGGCGAAUAGAAUUUACGAUAUACAUAUUAUGUAAUCACAAUUUAUUGUAAAAAAAAAACUUAAAAAAAAAUAUCUAACAAAACGA